UCUCCAUGAACAUCGGAGAACUGGUCGACAUCAGCCGAGCCUCGGGCCCGGAGAGCUUUCAAAGCCCAGUGGUUUGUGGGAAAUGUGGCGCUGCCUUGUCGAGUCUGAGCUCCGUGCAGAGGAACGUAAGUUUCUCUGAACCCGAGCUUCAUCGUUUUCCUCCACAUUGACACGACUUCUGCUUCUUUCCCUUCACAUAGAAUUGAUUUCUCAGAGCUUUCCUCCCCCGAUGGUCCAGGUCUGGGUGUGCGAGUUCUGCCGAUGUGAAAACGCCGCGAACGACAGUGUGAAGGGAGAGUGUGUCGCACCCGCACGCGCACACGCACGCGCACGCGCACGCGCACACGCACACGCCGACCACCUUUACCUGCUGGCUCAGAGCGACGACGACUACCAGAACCUGGAGGACACGCUGGUGGUGUUCUGUGUGGACAUCUCUGGCAGCAUGAGUGUCACUGCUGAGGUCACAUCCAGCAGUGGAUCUCCAGUUUACAUAUCCAGAUUAGAGGGUAUCCAGGACGCCCUCCAGAGGGCGCUGUCCUCAAUGCUGCAGCAGUCCCCCCACAGGAGGGUGGCGCUGGUCACCUUCAAUGACGAGGUCGUAAUAUAUGGGGAUGGCACUGGUACUCCUCUCACUCUCAGGGACUGGGCGUUGGUUGACUACGACCAUAUAUGGCAACAGGGCGUGGCUUAUAGCAUCCCACACUGUAUCGCUGAGACGCACCACCAACUAGUACAGAGGGUCAACGACCUCAGGGAACACGGCGCUACGUGUCUCGGUCCUGCAGCGUUAGCCUCGGUCGCCAUGGCGUCCAGGUAUCCCGGGUCAAAGGUGAUCUUGUGUACCGACGGCAAGGCAAACAUUGGACUGGGUGAGAUGGAGCUGACUCCCUCUCUGCCCUCCUCUCUGCUCACUCCAUAUUUCUACAGACAGCUGGCUCUUCAGGCUGUGGGGAGCGGAGUUAUAAUAUCGGUAAUAACCUUUGAAGGGACAGACUGUCGCCUGGCAGACGUUGGGAGACUGGCAGACGCUACCGGAGGAAGGGUGAACAUCGUCAGCAUCGAUGCGGUUGCAACAGAGAUCCAGUUGGCCUCCGUGGACAACAUACUUGCAACCGGAGUCACGGCAACCGUGUUUGCUCCUGAUGGAGUGUAUUUUCCCUAUGAGGAUGAAAACAAUCACACACUGGUGAGAGAGAUAGGCAACGUGACCAAAGGGCUGGAGAUCACCAUCCAGUUUGCUGUAAAACCAGAAUUCACGGAAGUUUUCCUGCAGAGGGACACACUUCCAUUCCAACUGCAGCUGAGCUUCAAGACAAGAGACCGACAAGGACUGACUCGCGUUAUUACUGAACAGCGACCGGUUACCACCUGCAGUCGUAUUUCGGCUGGUAACCUCAACAUGGCGGUGCUCGGCGUUCACUGUGCUCAACUCAGUGCCAGUUUAACAAUGGAGGGUCGAGUGCAGGAAGCACAGAGGCAACUAAAAGCACGGCAAGACCUGCACAAACAAAUCAGUAAGCAGAGGCCUUUCCAAGAGGAAGAGAGUAUCUAUGGCAACUGGAUGGACACCAUGACAACAAUCUGUGAUGACAUCACAAUGGAAUCCCAGACUCUCUCUGAUGAAGCAGCGAAGAUAAUGUACCAGAUGAAGAGAGCCAGCAGUGUCAGCAACAACCACAACAACAGCAGCAGCAACACAAUUGAGAUCCAGAAGAAGACGAGGAGGAAGACAAAGGUCCUCAUGGACACAAUGAUGUCCUUAUGCGGAAGCUUUCUGUCAGACGAGCAGUUCCUGUGCUCAAUCUGCCUCGACGUGUUCACCAACCCUUCGACCACGCCGUGCGGACACAGCUUCUGCAUGGCCUGCAUCAGCAAAUACUGGGACGGAUCUAAGGUUUACCAGUGUCCUCUGUGUAAGAAGACCUUCCGGAAGCAACCAGAGCUCCAGAUCAACAGGACGCUGCGAGAGAUUACUAUUGAGUUCAAAUCAAUGACAGGAGGGGGGAACAAUAAGAGAGGGGGAAGAGGAGGAGGAGGAGCAGGAGGAGCAGCAGGAGCAGCAGGAGCAGCAGGAGCAGAAGGACGUAUGGGAGGAGGAGGAGGCAUACCGGGCGAUUUAAUUGAGGAAUUGAAGAAGAAGUUGCCUCGAUCUACGCUAUACACAUCACUGCCGAUGCCCUGUGAGAUCCAAGAGUCUAUGCUUACGACACCAGACUCGACCCCAAUGGCUUCUUCGGUACCGAACCACAGUACGACCGCUGCCCUGACAAACCCCUCCGGAAAUUCUCUGCCGUCCCCGUACAAUUGGAGAGGCCGGAGAAGGUUCACCGUGACCGGGGCCGCAAUAAGCACGAGGCUCCCCGUCUGUGAGAUCCACCACAGAGGAAUAGUGAUUUACUGUAAGACGGAUCAAGUAUGUAUCUGUCCUGAAUGUGAGACCGAGUACCAUCAGGAUCACGACACAGUGACCCUCGAAGCCGAGUGGACGGAAACCAAGGACCAGCUGAGUGAGUCGGAGAAGGAAUUUAAGGAGAUGAUCAGACAGAGAAUCCGGAAGAUUGAGGAGAUCAAACUGUCAUCGACUGAGCUGGAGUUGGCGGUGGAGCACCACACGGCGGGCAGCGUUUGCCUGUUUUCUGAGCUGGUGUCGACCAUCGAGCGCUCCCAGGCGGAGCUGUUGGAGGCGAUGGAGACGAGCCGCAGGGCGGCGGCGCUGCAGGCCGACGCCAUGAUACGACAGCUGGAGCUGGAGGUUGAAGAACUGCGGAGGAGGGGAAGCGGCCUCGCCCAGCUCGCCCAGUCCGAUGACUACAUCCACUGUGUGAAGACCUUCCCCACGCUCUCCAUUCCUCCACCUGUCAAAGACUGGUCCGGGGUGUCGGUGACCUCUGACCUGGGAACGGGGCCCAUCUACAGGUCGCUGGCAGCUCUGCUGGAGAAGUUCCAGGAAGAGCUUUUGAUAAUCGCAGAAGCAGGUUUUCCUGACUCAGCACUGGCGCUCGGUCAAGUCCCACAUCAGCCCAAGACGACGAGGGUGGAGGAGUACGCAGUGGACGUGACUCUGGAUGUCAACACCGCUCACCCGAGACUCAUUCUGUCCGAGGACAUGAAGAGUGUGAGGUGUACCGAUCGACACCAGAUGCUGCCGGACAACCCGGAGAGGUUCGACAGGGUGGUGUGUGUGGUAGGGAGGGAGGCCAUCUCCUCUGGGAGGCACUACUGGGAGGUGGAGGUGGGCGGGAAGACGGACUGGGAUCUUGGAGUCGCCAGACAAUCAAUCAACAGGAAGGGGAAGAUUGAAGUUACCCCGAGCAACGGAUACUGGUUCCUCAGUCUGAGAAACAGGAAGAAGUACGCCUUUCGCAGUGAACCCUCCACAGACGUCCAUCUGGACCUCCGACCUCACCGGAUCGGGAUAUUCGUGGACUUCGAGAAAGGACAGGUGUCUUUCUACAACGUCGACGCCAAAAUUCACAUCUACACCUUCAGUGACACGUUCAGCGAAUGCAUCUUCCCGUUCUUCAGCCCCUGCACUAAUAAAUCUGGGAAGAACGACGGGCCGCUAAUUAUCACUCCGGUGUACACAACGGAGUGACAGAGCAACACCUGGAUGCCCUGUAAAACAAAUGUAUUCAAAAAAAAAAAAUAUAUAUAAAUGUGUAUAUAUUUAUAUAUAUAUAAAUAUAUGUGUAUAUAAAUAUGUUCAUAUUUCUUUGAUAUAAUUACUCUGUUGGGUUCUCUUGUCAGACUGUAAAUAGUUUAUAAAUGCAGGUGAGGAAUUUGUAUUUUAAUUGAUUUGCUGAUUUUAUUAAAAACAAAUAUUUUUUGCAGUGA